AUGUUGAAGCGAAAGUUCUUUGAGCAGAACCGUGGUCAAUUAUUGCAACAAUUGGUAUCCCAAAGAGCCGAUAUUGCAGAAAGGAUGAUCAUACCUUUAGAAGAGCUAGAGAAGGCAACAAAUAACUUUGAUAAAGCUCGUGAGCUUGGUGGUGGAGGGCAUGGCACCGUCUACAAAGGAAUUUUAUCAGACCUCCAUGUUGUGGCUAUCAAGAGACCAAAGAAGGUGGUUCAAAAAGAGAUUGAUGAGUUUAUAAAUGAGGUUGCUAUACUGUCACAAAUCAACCAUCGGAAUGUGGUAAAACUCUAUGGUUGUUGUCUUGAAACAGAAGUCCCAAUGUUGGUCUAUGAGUUCAUAUCAAAUGGAACCCUUUAUGAUCAUCUUCAUGUUGAAGGACCAAGAUCAUUGUCAUGGAGCGACAGGCUACGAAUAGCAAUUGAAACAGCUAAAUCCCUAGCAUAUCUUCACUCGACAGCUUCAAUACCUAUCAUCCAUAGAGAUAUCAAGUCAGUUAACAUACUUUUGGACGAUACUCUAACAACAAAGGUAGCAGAUUUUGGAGCUUCAAGGUAUAUUUCAGUGGAGAAAUCAGGGUUAACAACCAUGGUGCAAGGUACCAUCGGAUAUUUAGACCCUAUGUACUUCUAUACAGAGAGACUUACGGAGAAAAGUGAUGUCUACAGUUUUGGUGUCAUGGUUGUAGAACUGUUGACCAGAAAGAAGCCAUUUUCAUAUUUAUCCCCUAGCGGUGAUGGUAUUGUUGCACAUUUUGCUAUGUUAUUUGCAGAAGAUAACUUGUCGCAGAUACUAGAUCCACAAGUUAUAAAUGAGUGGAGCAAAGAAGUCCAUGAAGUCGCUGCACUUGCAAUAGCAUGUACACAGUUAAAAGGAGAGGAUCGCCCAACCAUGCGACAAGUGGAGUUGACAUUGGAAAACUUACAAUCAUCAAUGCAUAUUGUUUCAGAUAAUGUGGUGGAUGAGGAAUUUGAGAAUGACGUUAUUCCAACAAAUUGCCCAAUGAAUGAGCAUGAAAGAGGCAGCGAUGAGGAUUCAACAAGACAAUAUAGUAUGGAAGAAGAGUUCAUGAUAUCAUCAAGGUAUCCUCGGUAG